AUGCUCAAUGACUUUAUGGACAGUCGGAAGGCUCUACUUCCUUUGGUGGAGUGUGGUCGUGGCGAGAACGAAGUAAAGGAUUUGUCUGACCAACUGACCAAAGUCAAAUCUCAGUUGGACAAACAGACUGCCGAAUUAUCAGAUACCGCCAGUCAAUUGACUGAACUGAUACAAGACAAGCAAUUCCUCACAAAACGCCUGCAAGAGGAAAUAGACCGUUUUGAAGACUUGAAUGAGACGAAGGGGGAAGUACAGAAGAAUGAGAGAAAAGUGUGUGCAGAGUUGGCAGAGUUGAGGGAACUGAAUGAAGACAAGACAGCUCAGAUUGAGCACAUCCAUUCACAGUUAAGUGCCAGGAAUGAGCAGUGUCUCCAACUGACUGCUAAAUACGACGAGGAACUUUUACUGAAGACGAAAUACCUCAAAGAAAGCAGAGAUAAUCAGAAUAAACUCCUCUCGGUGACAGAAGAACUUGAGAUGGAAAUUGAAUCAAGGAAAAAACUAGAAAAGGAGAGAAGAGAAAUCUCCCAGCAGUUGUGUGACCUUCGGAUGGAGCAGGAGGAGACUGCUGAUAUUGGGGAGGCAGAAAAGAUACUAAGAAGAGAGAAGGAGGAGAGGAUAUCUGUCCUGAUGAAAGAGAUUGAGGAACAGAGAACGAAAUCUGAGCAAAUGUUGAAAGAGCAGAAAACCAAGUACAGUCAGCAGGCGGAAGCUCAUGCAGAGCAGGUUGAACUGCUCCAGAGAUUGGGGGAUGUGACAAGACGAUUAGAAGUAUUGACAGCUGAGAAGGAGGCAGGAGAGGACCUUGUUCGUCGUCUCAACAAAGAAAUUGAUGUUGUGAGAGGAGAGAAAGAAAGUCUAACUGCGGAGAAGGCACGACAGGACAAGACAGUCCGUCGUCUGCAGAAUGAGUUGGAGGAUGCCAACAUUCAGUUGGAAUCCUGUCAGGGAGUGAUUGCCUCAUUUGAGUCAAAGCAAAAAAAGUUUGACUCUUGUCUGCAAGAAGAGAAGAAUGGCAGAGCAAAGUGA